CGGUUUUGGGCACUUGCGAUUCCACCAUUCCACCAUGGAGGGACUGUUUUUCAACGUCAACAGCGGCUAUAUCGAGGGGAUUGUUCGAGGAUAUCGGAACAGCCUCCUCACCGGGCAGCAUUACUCAAACCUGACACAAUGCGAAACUAUCGAUGAUGUCAAAUUACAGCUGGGACCUGCAUAUGGCGACUUCCUUGGGGCCCUCCCCCCAAACCCCUCCACCUCUGCCCUCGCUGGCAAAAUGACCGAUAAACUGGUCGCCGAAUUUCGCUACCUCCUCGCGCAGGCCACGGGGUCCACGGCUAGAUUUCUGGAAUACCUUACCUACGGGUAUAUGAUCGAUAAUAUCGCUCUCCUGAUCACCGGUACCUUGCACGAGCGUGAUACGCGAGAGCUUCUUGAGCGAUGCCACCCUCUCGGAUGGUUCGAGACCUUGCCCGUUCUAUGUGUUGCGACCAAUAUCGAAGAGCUAUAUAAUUCCGUAUUGAUCGAGACACCGUUGGCUGGUUACUUCAAGAGCAGUCUCAGCCACCAAGAUCUGGAUGAGCUGAACAUCGAGAUCGUUCGCAACACACUCUACAAGAAUUACCUCGAGGAUUUCCAUACCUUUGUCACCACACACUCGGACUUCAAGGGCACACCAACGGCAGAAGUGAUGUCGGAGAUUCUGCAAUUCGAGGCUGAUAGACGUGCUAUUAAUAUCACUCUGAACUCCUUCGGUACGGAGCUCUCUAAGCUCGAACGCAGAAAGCUCUACCCGGAAUUCGGCAAACUUUACCCCGAGGGAUCCCUAAUGCUCUCACGGGCAGAUGAUAUUGAAUCUGUUGCCCUUGCUGUGAGCGUCUCCGCCGACUAUAAAGCUUUUUUCGACACUGUCGGUCUCACACAAGGCGGCACCGGCCUCGCUGGCAUGGGCGGUAGCUCUGAUGGAAAGAGCCUGGAGGACUUGUUCUACCAGAAGGAAAUGGAAAUGUCCAAGAUCGUUUUUACCAGGCAAUUCACCCCCGCUGUUGUGUAUGCUUGGAUGCGACUAAAGGAACAGGAAAUUAGAAACGUUACUUGGAUCUCGGAGUGUAUUGCUCAGAACCAGAAAGAGAGGAUUGGGAAUUUCAUCUCUGUCUUUUAAUUGCAAUCCUCCUCCCUACCGCUCCUUCUCCUCGCUCUCGGUCUAGCUUAGGACCAUGCAUGUAUUUUGACGCUUUUCCUCCAGCGGUCGCCGAUUUUCUGUCUUCCUUUUUUCGUUUUUUUUUUUCUUGACUAGUACCAACCAAGUACCCAUCCUGUCGAGCGCAUCGAAUCAUCCAGCUUAUUUUGCUUUGUGAUUAGAUCGCUUCUCUUUACUCUUGUUCAGGGCGUUUGGGGUUUUCAUUUUGCUUCGUG